AAAAAAGAAACUCAAGAUGGCGAUAAAUUUGAAAAAAAUCUGAAAAAUUGUAUAAAAGGCAAGAUGGAGAUACAAAAAUUACCAAAGGAAUUGCAGUUUUAUAUUUUAAGUAAAUGUGAUGGUGAUUCUUUAAUCAACUCUGGUAAAGUUUGUACAUUAUGGUUGGAAAUUAUUGACGUCCUGGAAAAGUCUUUCCACAUCUGGACAGGAAAAUGUUUGAAUGAAAUUCCUAGAAGAUAUUUGGUUCAGUUAACAGGAAUACCAGAAUUGUUAGAUAAAAGAAAUGAUAGCUAUUGUAAAGAUGUACCCUGGACUUUUUGGAAGGAUGUUUAUUUUGAUUAUAAUCGGAUGUCAGUUGUCAGAGACUGGAUACCAGAAAGAAAGGUUGUCAUGAUGCCUUCUCAGCUAAAUACCUGUACAGCUCUCAGAUCGCGAGACAAUAUAUUAGUAUCAGGUCAUAUUGAUGGUAAUGUUGUAUUGUGGAAGGAUGAGGUAGAACCAGGCCGUUUUAAACUUCUUACUCGACACAGAAGUCAUGUGACUGCAGUUGACAUGCUCAAUACAGUUGAAAGUAUGAAGGAAGUAGGAGAAUGGGUUGAUGGGUAUACUGUUGUGUCCGUUUCCAGAGAUUCUAGUAUCCACGUAUCCAACCCUCUUUCUGACUCAGUUAAAAAUAUAACUCUCUACAGGGGCUCUGUCAAUAAUCUUAGUUGUUGGGGUAGUAAGUUUGUGGUAGCAGCAGAAUCCUCUAUUUUAAACGGACAGCCAGUGUGGAAAGUUGAUCACGAUAAAACAGUGAAUGUCCUACACGAGCUGUAUGGUCACGAGGAAUCUUGUAUCAGUGCUGCCACCUGUUGGAAUGAUCAGAUAAUAUCGGGAGAUGUAAUAGGUAAUUUAUACCAGUGGAAACUAAACUCUACAACAAGACAGCAAUGCAGACCUGUAAUUGUAGCUAAAUUUUCUGAAAGUUACACAAAACAGAUUUAUUUUGAUGGUUAUAUUUUAUUAUGUUUAUUAGGAGAUGGUAGUAUUUGUUGGAGAGUUGGAAAUCAGAAAUUUCAGACAACACCAAAUAAAACAGAGCUGGAAAUUUUCUCUGCUACUCCAACAUGUCUAGCUUGUAGAGCCAGAUUAUUGGUAGUUGGCCUCAAUUCAGGCAAUGUAUUGGUGUAUUACAUAGCUACUGAGGAAUCAUGGUUGACGUUCAAUCCUGCGGUGCCGACCUGUCGAUUCAGAGCGUGUAGUGACAGUAUAAACUGUAUUGAUGUCUGCCAUGAUGGUAACACACCAGUUAUUGUUGUCAGCUCAACUAACGAAGGCAUUUCUCGAUUUACAUUCAGACCACCGUGAUGCUAAUCUAAGGGACGUCUAUCUGAGUCAUGCCGGUUUUAGUGCUGUCUGUGUGAGUGAUGCAUAUUUCAAUGAUCUUGUGUGAGUAAGGCUGUUCGAUUGAUGUCUGUCUUAGUGAUGCCUGUAAAGGUUACGUCUUUCUGAGUGAUGUUUGUUUGAAUGUCAGUCUGGGUGAUGUCUGUUUUAUUAAGAGUCUGCUUGGGUGAUGACUAAAAGAUGUCUGAGUGAUGUCUGUUUGAAUGUCAGUCUGAGUGAUGUCUGAGUGACACUUGUUUUAGUGCUGUGCAAUGGAAUUUUGGGCACAUCAAUUGACACAAGUCAUGUAUCUUCUUACAGCUUUUAGUGGUUAUUAUUUUCUGUUCUGUUUGGUUUCUUGUUUGUAUCAGCAUUUUUCAAGAAAAAAAGCAUUUUGUUAU